AUGUCAUGUCGCACAUCCAAGACCAAGUGUUCAGGCGAGCGACCUUCAUGCAAAAGAUGUCAAGACAAAGCCGAAAGCUGCUUCUAUUCUGAAUCUUCCCAGCCUAGCUGGAUACGGCGGGUUGAACCCAUUUCCAAAGCCGCGUCUCUUCAAAUUCCAUAUUCGGUGCCUGAAAACUCACCAAGCGACCAGCUUGAACCUUCUUCAGUACAGACAAGUGAACAAAAUGCCACACCGCAAUCAGCCUACAUAUCAUAUGAGCAGUCUCCUUCGAUAGAGGUAACUGGACGAGCCAAUUCACCAUUAAAUUGGCUUACAGCUCCUCAGCUACCUGGCCCAUGGAAAGUAGGGCUUUUGGUGGAAGACUACUUCAACAAUAUUCACCCCUUGCGAUGCUUUGCAUUUAUCCACAGGCCUUCAUUUUUGCAAACAUUCGAUAAAGAUUUAUCACAAAACUACCAGGAACAUGCUUUAUUGCAUAUAAUAUGUGCAUUGGGUGCCCAGUUCCAUGCGCUUUCAUACAGCGAGAGUGUGGCUCCCCUUCUGCCAAGAUUCAUACUUCACGCUGGGAGUCAGUGGUCAAAAACAGCUCAGCGGUUAAUCCUCGAGAGCCUUGACACGGUCACAGUCGAGAACCUAAUGGCAUCUGUUUUACUCCACGAUUAUGCCAUUAGGAUGGGCAACUUCGCUAACGCAUUUAUGCUUAGUGGUCUCAUUACUCGCAUGACUCAGGCCUUACAGAUCAAUCUAGAGUAUAACACAGAUAUUCUUUGCCAGAACACAGAAGUAGGGCCUUCUGUUACAGAACGGGAAUCCCGCCGACGACUUAUGUGGUGCUGCUAUGUGACAGAUGCUCUGGUGGGUAGUGGUGUUGAUCAAUUAACCCUAGUUGAUGAAAGGGACAUGAAGAUUCAACUUCCGUGCAACGAACGAAACUUCAUCCAGAAAAUCGCAUAUCCUACAGAGAUAUUGGACCCUGGAAACUGUCUGAAAUUCAUUCCAAAUGAGCAACUGAAUUUAAUGAUGCCGAAUAUGGGAAUUAUGGCAAUUUUCAUACGCCAUAUUGCUAUUCGCAAGAAGGUUCUUAGGUAUAUCAAGCAUCUCGAUGAAGCUAUGGUACCUUGGGAACCUGAGUCUGAAUUUGCAAUUCUAGCUGCAGAAUGCCACGCAUGGUAUGAUUCUUUGCCAGCACGUCUGCAGUUCACAUCAGAUUCAAUAUAUGUUCGAAAAGACUCAUCCCAGCUUGGCGCUCUGUGUGCUCUACACUGCGCUCAUUAUCAGACAAUAUGCGAUUUGUACCGGUUGGGUGCACCGGCACUUUAUAAGCUUCGAUCUGCCUUCGAAUUUCCACCAGAGCAGCAAGUAUUUCUUCGCCAUUUACAAAAGAUAUUGUUCGAUGCAGCAAGAACCAUUGCGAACAUAGUUGGAGAGACGGCCCGCCAUGGGACCCGAAUGUUAGCAGAUUCAUGGCUUCCCACCAUUACAUACGACAGCUCUCGGAUCAUUGUGUACCACUUGACCCAGAUUCUUGAUCCUAGCUUAGAGGAAUCCAAGAUCCUCAUGAUGCAGAGUGUGCCGCAUUUGAGGAGUAACAUCAAAUGUUUGAAAUCCAUGGGCUGUCUUUACGUUAUUGCCAACUCAUUGGCAUCUGCAGCUGAAACAAUGUUCGAAAGAUCUGGUAUUGGUUCUGAGGUGAUAGCUAGGAACAGCAUACCCGACGACCCGUACGAGCCGAUAGAGGAGGACGAAACAAACGAGAGUCUUCCUGGGACACCAGUUCAAAGUGCACCUGAUUAUGUUCUUAACCCCUUGAGUAUUUUUCGUCUAGCACGAAAGUCUGUACCGGAAAGACACGCCCCGGAGAAGGCAACGACGAGCUCAUCUGGACCUAACAGCUCGAGACCGGAUUCAAGUUCUAACUUUGAUAGUUCCACAGAUGGGUCUCUUACUCAAAAUGUUGAUAUAGAACUAGGCCAGGCAAGUCUCGAAGAGAUUCAAAAUUUGUUCAUGUCAGACCUUGGCUGGGCAUGGCAACCUGCAGAUACAGCAGUCGGAUCUGGAAUUGAGGGGGCCGGCCUUUUGCCAUGGGCCGGCGGAUAUCCUGUUACACAAGCAGAGCCAUGGUUGCCGGUUUUCCCAUUCCCUCAGCAGAAUUGA